AUGGCACAAGAAGGUAUGUUCACCCACAACGGCAUCUACACUGACGAGAGAUGUCAUAUCCGUGGACCCAUAGUAUGGGUCAACGUAUUCGUCGCGACCCCAGAAAACGGCGACAAGACAGAUACAGAGUUCAUGGAUCUUGUCGCGGAGACCAUCCACGCAAGAAUUGCUAAGAAAACACCCCAGGUCAGUGUCUCGAUUACCCCCGAGCCUAUGCACCACAGAGUCAUGGGGUGUCUCUCGUUACCGGCCCGUGGAGAUUAUUGGGCAUUUGAACGGUUCCGAGAUUUGUAUCUUGAUGCUUUUCUUAGGGAUGCGCUGGAGUUGGCGCUUUUUUAUCAGGCGGAAUGUGCAGCGGGGAAUGUUGAGAUUGAUCGGGUGAGGCUUUUUCGGUUCUUUCACUUGAGAUCGGAUGCGUUCUAG